UCACACAGCUCGCAUCAAAAGCGUCAACAAAAGCUGUGAAAUUGUUGAAAAAAUUUGCGAAAAUUUCAGCAAAUCUGUGCCGUUUUGUGAAGUUUGGUAUUUUAAUUCCAACGGGAAGGUGGUAAGAUAGGAAGCGAGUUAUGAACGAUCACUCGAAGCAUUCGGUUGAAGUCAAAACCGAGAAGCAAGAUGAUCGCUCAUCGGGCGCUGGUGGAUCACAAGAAGCAACCCGCCAGGAUAGUAUCGAAAGAAUUCUCCAGCGAAAGCAGAGGGUCUAUCAGCUUCCGCGGAAUCAAAAGCUGACCAAGCUGUCGAUGUAUUCGGCGUGCCAGGGACCGGACUGUCGUUGCACGGGCUGGAAGACGCCGGAGGAGAACCGCCACAAGGAUGUGGAAGUAGACUACUGUCCCAACUUCAAGGAAGAAUGCCGGAACCCCAACUGUAAACACAGCUUGGAAAGUCACAUCACUCAUCUGGGAGAUAUAAGUGAUGAUCAGAUAAAUGAACUGCUGGGAGCCAUCGUGGAUGUGGAGAAUCUGUAUAUGAGUAUGCUGAGAGAGACGGAUACCGAUACGAAAAAGGUUUAUGCCUAUCUGUUUCGGCUUUUGAGACAAUGCAUCCUUACUAGAUCGCAAGCGGUGAUUCGAGGCCCGCUGGGAGAUCCUCCAUUCGAGCAACCAUCCAUUUCGAAAGCGGUUACCAACUUUGUUUUGCACAAAUACAGCCACCUGAACCCUGGGGAGCUGGAAACUAUGACCGAGGUGGCCAAGACGUUCCUUCAUUGCCUCAAUCAUUGGAACUUUGAAGCACCGAGCGCUCGAAAAGACUUGAGUCAUGAAGAUGCUUCCAAUUACAAGAUUAACUACACCCGUUGGUUGGUGUUCUGUCACGUUCCGGCAUUCUGCAGUUCUUUGCGUCACUUCGAGACGUCUAUCGUGUUUGGCAGGACUCUACUGAAAGCCGUCUACCAAUACGUUUACCAACAACUUCUGUCAAAGUGCAAGACCGAGAGGGACAGGAUGCCUCCGGAGAAGCGCCUAAUGUUGGCACAGUUACCCAAGUUUCUGGAAGCUUUGAAACAUGAAGUUAUUAACGAAGAUUCGCAAAUCUGGGAUCAAAACUUCAAACCCACUGCAUCGUUGAUGCUUCAGAAAAAACGGCAACAUGAGGCGGCGGCUUCCUCGAGUGGUAAAAAGUCCAACGAUCCCAAGCGUUACAAGAAAGACUCCGAGUGUGAGGACCUUCCGGAUGAGGUGGUCGUGAAAGCGCUAAAGAGAAUCAACGAUUCGAACUACACCAGCCGAACGGAGGUGGUAUUUCCGCCCAAUGCUCCUCGAGACGAAGCGGCAAAGGCGGAAGAAAACCGUCGGGAGAUUGAAUUUCAUGUGGUGGGCAAUUCACUGACCAAGCCGGUAACCAAGGAGUCGAUGCUUUGGCUUUUGGGGUUGCAUAGUGUGUUUGCUCACCAGCUUCCGGGAAUGCCGAGGGAGUACAUUAGUCAGCUGGUGUUUGAUCCAAAGCACAAAACCCUGGCAUUGGUGAAGGAUGGUCGUCCGAUCGGGGGCAUCUGUUUUCGAACGUUUGCAUCCCAAGGCUUUACCGAGAUUGUGUUCUGUGCCGUUACCAGCAGCGAGCAGGUCAAGGGCUAUGGUACUCAUUUGAUGAAUCACUUGAAGGACUACAGCACCCAACGCGGCAUCAAGCACUUUUUGACCUAUGCGGACGAGUUCGCCAUCGGAUAUUUCAAGAAACAAGGUUUUUCCAAAGACAUCAAAGUAGCAAGACACGUCUACGCUGGAUACAUCAAGGAAUACGAAGGAGCUACGCUUAUGCACUGUGAACUGCACCCGAGUUUGAUUUACACCCAAUUCAGUUCGGUAAUUCGAAAGCAGAAGGAAAUUGUAAAGGAACUGAUUGCCCAGCGCCAGCAAGAAGUUCAGAAGGUUCAUCCGGGACUCACGUGUUUCAAAGAAGGGUUGCGGAGCAUUCCCAUCGAGUCGAUUCCCGGAUUGCGUGAAGUCGGAUGGCGGCCUCAGUUCCGCACCCAACGAACGUCCCGUCCUCUAGAAGAGUCUGCUGAUCCGGACAAGCUCUCGAACGCGUUGACUGGUGUUCUUCAAUCGGUUCGCCAGCAUUCGGCUGCUUGGCCAUUUCUGAAGCCGGUCAACCCCGCUGAAGUUCCGGACUACUACGACCACAUCAAAUAUCCAAUGGAUCUGAAAACCAUGGGCGAAAGACUGAAAAAUAAAUAUUACGUAGCGCGAAGGCUGUUCAUGGCGGAUAUGGCGCGUAUAUUCACCAACUGUCGAUUGUAUAACUCUCCAGAGACAGAAUACUAUCGCUGCGCCAAUACACUCGAACGAUACUUCCAGACCAAGAUGAAGGAAAUCGGUCUGUGGGAUAAAUGAUGUCCGCCCACAAGAGUGGAACUGGAGAAGAAUUCCGAUCCGGACGAAGACGACGACGACGAUGAAGCUGGUGAGAACAGUGAUGCAGGAAAAUCGUUUGUAGCUGGAAAGAAACCUGGCUACGGAAUGAAAACAAAACCGACGUUGGCUAUGAUGCAGGAAACCGUGGAACUGGGAAAGGAACUAAAAAUGACUGGUGGACUGCCGGAAUUGGGAAAUUUGUAAAUAUAUAUAAAAAACAAAAAGCUAUAGCGCAAAAGAUUGUUAUAUCAGCAAUGCUGCCGUUAUACGCAUAACUGUCCCAUGUACUAUAUAAUCAUUAUGGUCGGUGAAACACUUAUGCGUAUAUCGGCAGAAUGGUGUUGACUUAAAUUGGAGCACAAAAAUCUGUCAAUAAGAGGCUGUUCAUAAACCGCGUAGACCCUUUCGGGAGGAGGGCUAUGUGGGUUGGUUUUAAGACGAGUGUUUUGGUUUAUAUCUAAGAGGAAGAGGAGACAACUGGCUUCUUACUCUUUUAUCUCUAUCUCUAUCUCUAUCUUACGCACUUCAAAUCGGCCUAUUAUGGUUCGCGUUUGACAGAGAAGUGGUUCGUUUUCGCCCCAGUAUUGUCUCCUCUUCCUCUUAGGAUUAUAUAAAUUUCCAUCAUACAGGGAUUAUGCAAGGAGAGAAGAGAGGUUGCCUAAAAUGUCUCAAAAACGGUCUACUUAGCUUAUGGACAGUUUCUUAAAAUUAGAACAAUAUUGCGUUCUAGAUACAUGCCAUGUUUGGAAUAAUGAUUAAUUAUUAUUCUACGUAAAGGGCACAUACUACCACCCAACUGCAUGUUUAUAAAUUUCACGAACG